AGGUCUUACUGUGUGUAUGUCUGUGUGUGCAGGGGGAUGGUGGUUUCCUAUGUUGGCCAGUCUUUCUCUGCACUGAGGAAACAGUGCCAGCAGAAAGGAGUCCUGUUUGAAGACCCUCUGUUCCCAACAACUGACCAGUCGCUGUUUUACCAGAGCAACCGCAUCGGGAGUGUCACCUGGAAAAGACCGAAGGAGUUAUGCAGCAACCCCCAUUUAUUUGUAGAUGGCAUCAGUGCACACGACCUGCACCAAGGCCAGCUGGGAAACUGCUGGUUUGUCGCCGCUUGCUCCAGCCUGGCCUCCAGAGAAGCUCUAUGGCGGAAGGUGAGACAAAGACACGCAGACAAAUCUGUAAUUUAAACCUCUUUUAUUGUU